AUGCAUUUAAGGGAAAUUAAAAUUGACUUGAAUGACUUGGUGGCGUUGGUGCAUUAUCAUUAUGAAAUGCUUAUUGUUCUAUCGAUCCUCCUUGGUUUUACUAUUUCUCUUCUCCUUUGGGUUCACCUUAGAUCUGAGACUAAGGUUCCUCAAGAGUGGUUCACUAACGCUCUUGCAAAAAGUGAGACCCAGAAAAGAAUCAAACAGUUGACUAAGUCUUGGAAUAAGUUUCAGAAAAAAAUCCAACAGCUGGCUAAGGCUCAGAAUAAGGCUCAGAAAAAAAUUAAACAGUUGACAAAGGUUCGGAAUAAGGCUCAGAAAAGAAUCAAUCAGUUGACUAAGGCUCGAAAUAAGGCUCAUAGAAAACUUAAACAGUUAACUAAGGCUCGGAACAAGGCUCAGAAAAAAAUCAAACAGUUGACUAAGGCUCUUACAGAAAAUCAGAAGGCCAAUCAAGAAAAUCAGAAAGAAAUUGAACGGUUGAAUAAGGCCCUUACAGAAAAUCAUAAGGCUUAUAAUGAAAGUUGGGAAAUAAUUGAACAGUUAAAUGAUGCCAAGACUAUUGCCUUAAAGGAAGAACUACAAGAUGAAAGAAAAUCUCAUGCGUCAGAAAAACGCAAAGCCAUCUUACUUACAGAGCAGCUUCGUUAUGCUAAAUCUUGCUAUGAAGGACAUCUUCAAGAACAAACUGAAGAAAAGGAAAAAAUGAAAAAGGAAAUUCAAUUGUUAAAAGAAACCAUUAAUGCUUUGGAACAAGAAGUUGAACCGCAACCAAAGAAAUGUAUUCAACUUCAAGAUGCUGAGGUACAAGAAAACGAUGUGAUCAAUAACGAACCAUAUGCAUACCAGGAUACUUACUCUUAUGACUAUUCAGUAACAGAUUUUGAUAGCAGGAUUCCAUAUGACAGCAACAAUAAUGAUUAUAGUCUUGAUAACGUAGUUACCUAA